GUCUGCCUCGUCCUCGUCCCCUCGCGUUUGGCCACUCGUCACUGGUCUGUGUGCUAGUGCGCGUAUUACCGAUAUUCAAGUCACUAGAAUAUUUCAUCCUACAAUAAUGGGAGGAGGAAGGUUUCCUGGAACUUCCAUUGCUAGCUUGAAGCAAAGGAAAGAGUUAAUCCCUGUGUGGCUCUGCAUUGGAGUUGGUGCCAUCAUUUCCGUUGGAUACACCUUGAGACUAGCGACCAAGAAUCCCGAUGUUACAUGGAACAGGCACUCAAACCCUGAGCCUUGGCAAGAGUACGAAAAGAAGAACUACAAGAUUGUCAACCCAAUUGAAAGGAAGAUUGGCACAGAUGCACCUAAAUUUUAAUAUUGUAGUUUUUAGACAGUCAAUAUAGGAGUUUAACAUGCUCAGCUACCUAUUUUAA